UUUGUAUAUUUUCGCACUCAGGCGCACCAAGUGCUAGGAUUGGUUUUGAGCUAUUGCCCGGAGCAAUGUUGUGCCUCCGGCCUGCUCGUUGCUGUUCGCCGCCUCGUCUUUGAGCUGAUGCACGAGUCGCAGGACGAUGGCGCGGGCUUCCGAGACAUCGCGCCCGAGCGCCGGCCAGAGCUGGCGCGGCCCGCGGGGCUGCAGCCCGAAGCGCUGGACGGCGCCCAGGUUCACGGCAUGGGCUUCGGUGGCCUCGCGCCCGAGCAGCACCAGGGGCCGCCACAGCCGCCGGAGCGGCAGCUGCACGGGCCUGGGGGCGCCAAGGUGGGCGUGCCUGCCAACCGCCACGGGCACUCCCCCCUGUCCACGGCGGCGGGCUCGCUCGCGUCGCUGUGGGCGGCAGAGGACUCCACCACGGCCGCGGGCUCGCCCCCAGCUGUUUGGGCGGAGGGCUCCACCAGCCCAGGCAGCGUGCAGCAGCUGGAGAGGAUGAAGGACACCAAAUCGGUCGGCACCAGCUCCAGGUUCCUCGGCACGGCCACGGAGGAGGAAGCGCAGGAGCAGCUGCUGCAGCGGCUCCAGACUCGGGUGGCCCACCUGCUCUCCAGGGAGCGGCUCGCGCGCAGGCGCCAGGAGGCGGCGGCGCAGCUGACGUCUCAGGCCGCGGACCGCGAGAGGUGGAGGCUCCACCAGCAGGCGGAGCUGCUCCACGUUGCGGGGAGCUUGGAGCACCAGGCCGAGGCCAUCCGGGAGCGCACGCGGGAGGCGAGGGCCGCUCGACGAGACCCGAGGAUGCAGACGCUCGAGCACAACCAGGCAAUCGGCGACCAGAUGCGCGAGGACUCCCGGCGGCUGGCGCUGGAAGCACACAGCGCCCGCGAGGCAGAGGAGCAGCGCGUCCAGGCGCGGGCCGAGGCCGCGAGGCAGCGGCGCUUGGAGCAGCAGGAAGCCAGGGAGGCGGAGGCGCGGCGUCAGGAGCGGGAGCGCAGGCUGCGCGCCCAGCAGCGGCUCGCGGCGUUGCGGGAGGACAUGCAUUCCAACGAGGAGGCGAUUGCGCUGGCGGAGGAGCAGGUUUCCUCUGUCUUCGCAAGGUUGGAGCGGACUCUAGGCACUCCUGGCGCCUCAGCAGUCAGCUCGCCGCUCGCGCGCUCGAGCUCGCCAGUCAGCUGGCCCUGCGGCGGGCAGGCCCGCUCCGCUCCUGGGGCCGGCGCGGCCGCCCUGCGCGGCGCGCGGCCGCCCGGCGGCUCGCCCAGGAGCCCAGGGUGGCCCAGCGGCGGCACCUCGUCCAGCGCAGCGGGGGCAGGGCGGAGAGCUUCGCGGGUGGCCUCUGCAGGCAGGACGUCGCCGGUCUUGGGCAGACGGCCUCAGCGAUCUCCGCCGCGGUUGUUGUACGGCUCCCCGUCAGUGUCCCGCUGGACCGCGCAGCAGUUGGAGGUUGACGCUCCCCCUCGCGAAGGAGGCGGUGAUCAUGGGCCAGUGAGUUCGACGCGGGGCUAGCGGUGCAAGCUCGCCGCACUUGUCAGGUGUCGCUUCCCUUGCGGCGUCAGCACCAUGUCUUGCCUGCAAAGGCUGCUGGUGGUAAUUGCCGCUGGUGCUCCACUGCCAAUGCACUCAUGUCUGGGUCGUUCGAGCACGAGGCGGUCGCGGAUCCCCUCCCGCCGAAAAGGAGUGCAUCGCGCGUAGCGCACGGCUUUCUCGCACUUGGACGCAUUCGGAAACCAGUUGAGUUGAC